CUCUCUUGAUAUCCUUUUAAAAGCUGAUCUGGUAGUGACGAUAACUGUAGCCGUAGGAUUUCAGCGCAAUAAUACAGUAUGGUAAAAAUUGGUUUACCCUGGUUGUUGCUGGUUUUAAUGAAACUCACUAAUCGAGAAAUCAAGUCAGAUGAGAUUAUAUCCUUACAAGAAGUGUUUGAUAUAUGCCAAGUAGAACCUAGCACCGAUAUAUGUGAUCUACUGGAAAAAUCCUCGAGUCUAGUUGACCUAAACAAAUUGGAUUUACCAGAAAAACGCCGACAAAAGACAGUAUUCUCCAGUUGGGGUGGAAAAAGACAAAGCACUUAUCCAUAUGGCGGAAAACGUCCAGCAUUUUCCAGUUGGGGAGGAAAACGAGCUUCGGAUAAACACGGUCGACCUAAACAAACAUUUUCAAGUUGGGGUGGAAAAAGAAAUGAAUUAGAUGGUUAUGAUAAUGGAGAAAUACCUGAACAUCAAAUGGAUAAAAGAGAACUUAAUGGAAUUAAACAAGAUAAAAACAAUUAUAGAAAUAAAAUGACCAAAGGAAUUCAUGCAUUAUUUACUAUUUUCUCAGACUGGUCAAGGGAUCCAGAAGAAAAGAAAGGCAUUCGAUACGCUGGUAUUAAAAGUAUGAGGAGAAGUUCCGAUUUUUUUCCAUGGGGUGGAAAACGAUCUACUGGUGAUAAAUAAAUAUGUUUUUCAUUAUAGUUGAUGAUAGGUGUAUUCAAUUUUGUCAAAUUUUACCAUAAAAACAAAAAUUAUUUAAUCCUUAUCUUACUUAAGUGACGGUAAGCUUACUUAGGUAGUGUUAAAUUGGUAGAAACGUAUAUUAUGUAUUAUCAAAAUAAACCUAUUUGUGAUUAGAUGACGAAAUGUAGUUAUUGUUCUAUAUUGUUCUACAUUAAGUCAAUAUUAUGAUUUAUAUUAUAUUAUUG